AAGUAUGACAGUAGGAUCUAAGAUCAAUUUCAAACGAUUUAACCAAAGAAUUCAUCUCAUGCAGAGUGUCAGUGUCUCAGUCAGAAUGAGUUUUGUUUAGGUCGUAUUUUGAUUGCUCUGUUAAAAAAGAACGGAAAUUUCUAGGUGGGUUCGUACUUUUCAGUGUAAAUGUUGGUUCAUAUUAAAAAGGGGUACCUUUGCAUUUUGGUGAAAAUCCGACUGUUCUUGGAUACCCAAUUAUGAAUUUUUCCGCCAUGGAAGCUCCUGUCAGAAUCUUCUCCAAACCCACCAUACUCAACCUCAACCUCAAUCGCCACAUCAUCCACAGAACGACACCGUCGUCUGUUACACUAUCCCUCAAACGACAUCGACUCACGAAGCUGCCCCAACUCUCUCGCUCGUCCCUCUCACCCAUCUGUCGAUCACCCACAUUCCCUUCGGAACCAAACCCCUUCAAACUCUUCCAACCCUUUUCUUCUCUAUCCCAUGUCAGUCAUUUCCACUCGCCGCCGCUUUCUCAUUCGACCGACCGCGUUCUGGGUUGGAGCCCAGCUGCGCAGAGCGCAAUUAACGGAAACGGUGGCGUUUUAAGGGGAAAUGAUUGUGAAGUGACGGUGGUUUUACUGGGAUGGCUUGGGUCCAAGACGAAGCACCUUAAGAGGUACGUGGAGUGGUACAACUCCAGGGGUUUUCACGCUGUCACCUUAGCUACCGAUGUCAGAGAGGUUUUGUGGUUCGAUUUGGGUCGGAGAGCAGAGGAAAGAGUGUUAACCAUGGCCGGUGACCUCGCUUCGUGGGUCUCCGAGAAGGGACCGGACGGUAGAGAACGGUGUUUGGUUUUUCAUACUUUCAGCAACACGGGUUGGUUUGUAUAUGGCGCCAUUGUUGAAGUUCUGCAGCGUAGACCAGAUUUGAUAGAAAAGGUUAAGGGGUGUAUCGUGGAUUCAGGAGCUGCAGAGCCAUUCAAUCCCAAGGUUUGGGCGGCUGGAUUUUCUGCUGCAAUUCUGAAGAAACGCAGCUCAUCAACUUCCCCUACAGAGAUUGAAGCACUUUCAAACAAACAAGAAAAGGAACAACCAAUUGUUGAAGCAGUACUUCUAUCACUAUUGGAGACGCUCUUUGCGGUUUUAUUAAAGAUUCCAGAUGUGGAUCGGAGGUUAAAACAUGUAGUUUCGAUCCUCUCAAGAGAACAGCCUCCUUGUCCUCAGCUUUACCUAUAUAGUACAGCCGAUAAGGUGGUUCCAUAUCAGUCGAUUGAGUCAUUCAUUGAACAACAAAAAAUAAUGGGAAUAGAAGUGAAGUCCUGUAACUUUGGUACAUCUCCUCAUGUGGAUCACUACCGGAGUUUCCCCAACUUGUACUCAUCAGAACUUGAGAAUUUCUUAAGAGAGUGUUUUGCCACUGUUAGGCAGACUUAGAAACCAGCAAAUCUGUACUAGUUUUCUGUUUCGACUAUUCACUUGAUACUGCUAUGCUAGCAUUAUGCAACCCAGCAAAACCAGCAAAAGGGUUUUCAGAAUUCAAAACUGUUUCAUUCUUAGCUGGUACUAUUAUGUUGCCCAUGUUUUAGUUGAUGAUAAAAUAAAACUUGAACUGAUACUAA